AUGAACGCGUCACGCGGAACGAGGUCAUCCGGUCGGCCGCGGGGUAACAGGAUACGCAAGUUACUGCUGUCAGAGUACCGCGAGCUCUCCGAGACGAUCCUGGUGGAGUCGCCGUUCGCGGAGACGACGAGAAACGGACGAGGAAUCCGUCAGGUCGCCCUGGGCCUCACGCCAACCAGGCUGAUCGUUGCCGCCGAUAUCCUCCAGAUCAAUCCCGGUUUCUACUGCCCGCCCGGUAUCGACGCCAGUAUCGAGAGCUUCGAGCUGGUGUCCGUGUAUCCCUUAGAAUAUGUUACGCUCAGCGUGUUCAGGAGGAGACCGGACUUUUCACACUCGAUUUAUCUCAGACUCAUUGCUCUUAGAUUCGUUGACGGUCGAGCUAACUAUUACGAGCUCGGUGGCGCGCGACGCAGAAUUUCUUGGAAGAUCUGGUGUGAGCAGGUACGAAGAUUACUGGCCUACAAGACGAACGGUAGCUCGUUAUCCGAAACAACGGCGGCGAGCUCGUCAAGCAGUAGCACUUUGUACUUGCUGUCGUCCGAGAUCGAAGUCAGGAGUCGCAACGAGAGAUGCAAGAGGUCGAUAUUCAGAGUAUGGAAUCAUUACGGAGGCGCCGGCGAUUACGUUACUCCCACGUGGACCGAGAAGGACUUGUAUCUCGGGCCGUCUUACAACGAGUUGAUGAACGGCUGCUACACACCGGUUCCGGUUAGAUUCGCCGGAGCCAGCCUAGAAGAUCUCAGGUACGAGCUGGGGGAUCGCACGCGUUACAUCGCUUGCGAGAAAUCCUGCCAGAGCUGGCCGUGUCAGACGAGACUUGACGGUCGGGCAAGAUUGCAACGCGCUGGCGGACUCUGCAAUGUCCUUUUCGCAAGAAGCCGCAACGUACGUGGUUGCGAUUACGCCGCAAGUUGCAAAAGUUCACGUUGUAACAUCUGCCAGCUGGACAACAGUGUCGGUAUCAAUGUUCGUGGAAAGCACAACCGAUGUCACGACUGUCAAAACGUGCUCUUCGAAGAAGAUCUUAUAGAACACGUGGAAAAGAAGUAUGGAAAACGCCAGCAGCAACAUCGGGAAGGCCCAAGAGGGUCUUUAGCGUCGAAGAUAUCGCGGUUCGGCUUCGGGGUGCCGGAGAAGUGCAAUUCCGAAUUGAUUCUGGGUCCUUAUCGCGGUGAUUCGGGCUACGUCGACGUCGUCGAUCCUCGUAAGCUGAUCGAGAGCGGCGUGACGAUCUGGGAGGACAAUUGUCGGUCCACGAAGGCUCGGAGGCAUCCGCGAAGAUACGGCUUCUCUUCGGCGGCGCACUUUUUCCACGCGCUCGGCCCGUGGUCGGUACAGCCUGGCGAACGGGAGACCGUGCAGACUUUCAGAUCACCGAGCGCAGUCAACAUCCGCAGACAACCCUCGGAUUCGGAGCUGAGGCUUCCGGUCUCGCGCCGUCAAUUAACAACCAGCGUCUCCUGCGUCGACUUAACGUCCGGCGGGUCCAGCAUCGUCGGCACCGUCACUAGAGGAGGAGUGAUACUCUUCUGGACGCCAGAAUAUUGGUACAGGCCUCAGGCAGCGGCGGCUGCCUACAGAGAGCUGAGGCAUCACUUGGCGUCUCUCCAAAACUUCCGCCUUGGGAAGGAGAGACAGACGAGAAGAAAAUUCUUCUAUCGACGAAAGAAUCGGCUCUCAGGCGAGAACGGUAAUUCCGCUAUAAUUACCGGGAAAUCCAAUGGCCUCUUGGAUCGUGUGCUUUCCAUCAAUGGCGCGCGCAAACGCGACGGAAAGACGAGCGAGAACGCCGACGAAGGCACGGCGCAAUUACGGAGAUUGUUAAGGAUGAACCUUCGCAUCACCGUGUGGGACUUGGACAGCACCACCCUCGCCGUGCAACUCACGUCGAUCGAUCGCGAUCUCUUCGUUCGCGUCCCCGCGACCGAGAUCGAGGCGCUGGUCUACCAGAGAUCGUCGCGCAACGCGCCGAAUCUGGGCGCGUGGAUCGCCUUCAGCCACCGGAUCGCCUGCCUGACCGUCAGCGAGAUCCUCGCGAUCAAGCAGCUCGACAUGAGGACCAGGAUCAUGGCGAGAUUCAUCAACGCCGCCGACAAGUGUCUCACGCUUGGCAAUCUUCAAUCCUGUAGGUCUAUCCUAGCUGGUCUGCAGGCUCCGCCGAUUUAUAGGCUUCGGAGAAGCUGGUCCUACCUGCGGACUCAUCACGCCAGCAGAUACGCGGCGAUGGAGAGGCUGUCCAAGAUUUACAAGAGUCCACGUUGUUCAAAGUACCAAAGAGCUUGGACCGCAGCGAAACGCAAUCCACCUUGCAUGCCAUAUGUUGGGCAUUUUCUGAUUAAAGUUCUGGGAUUAAAUGGCCUGAGAGAAAUUCAAGCGGACUUCGCAAGAAGACAGUCAAUUACGCGAAUCAACACGGCUUCAGAAUUUUCAACUGUUAAUACUAGCUUCAACAAUCUUCACUCGGGAGAGGACAAGAGUCCAGUGGAGCCCAAACAGUCUCUAGCUAGACGUAUUCUCGCAGCAACCCUGGCCAGGUUAAAGUUCACGGCGCGACAGAACGUCAUUGACGAGAUCAAGGGUGACGUCUGGACGUGUAAACAGCGGUAUCUCGCGCGCAAGUUUUUCCGUCGUUGGCGAGUGAUCACGCUGGAAUCGAGAAUACGCUCGGAGAACGAGAGAAAUUUAAAGAACGUGGACUCAAAGAGGAGACGUGUCCUCGACAUCGCAGCCUGGCUGACGGACUGCCAGAGAUUCGCGUUGGGCUACAAUUUCCCAUUAAACUCGUUCGCGUGUGAAUACCUUCUGAAAGCGCGCUACAGGGAGGACCGCGAGAACUUCUUCAUCAGCCUCAAGCUGGAACCGCCGAGGACGACUUGAACUCGAUGCGCGCUGGAAGAUUUGAUCAGAUUACAUCGUUGGCGAUUGAUGUGCGAGCGCCAAGUUUAAUUAUCGCUAUUGCAUCUCAGAAGUAAAAGAGAACCGUAGUUAUCUCAUUAUUUCGAGCGCAGCGAGGCAGCGUAAAAUAUCGAUAUACUGGCAACUGCGCCGAUGGCUCAUUCAUAAACGUUUGUUAUAAACGUUCUUUUUAAGAUAAAAUGGUGUACCGGGCCAUUCAGUAUUAUACUUGCAUACGAUUUAUUUAGAAGCAUUUUUACUCAGGAAAGUAUCGUAUCUACACGUGCUUUGUACGAUUAUUAUUGCUAUGAUACUUUAAUAAAAAAAAUAAGUCUUUGG